GUAAAUAGUAACGGUCGCGAAUCAGGUGAGCUGGAGCUGGAGGUAUGAGCUCACCUCCGCACCGGCACAACGUGUGGUGGAGUGUGAGGGUAGGGGUUAUCUCAAAAGGCGUUCAGAAGUCGCUUCCCUUCAUCCUUCCUUUACGAAUUGACAACAGAACCACCUCCAGAUCCGUACUAGCGGGACCAUCUUCACAUGCUAGGCAAAUUUAAAUGGCAUGCUUUGUUUUAUAAGCCCCGUACGCCCUCAUGGUAACGCCUAGCGACGCUCGCAUUGGUUAGCCUAGUCUCCUACACGUCACUUAUUAACAGCCUUGACAGCAUUGGGGGUCCCACAAAAUCCCUGGCAGGCUUAAAGGUGAGAUCAUUGCAUACUAAUAUAUGACCGUGCCAGAGGAGCAGUCUGACAAGCAGGACGAUCCCGUGCAUGAAACUCAGGAUGAAAGCGACCCUGCUGCGCACGCUGAUAACCCUCGCCGCAACGCUUCUGGCAGUCCCCGUAAUAACGAACAGUGCAGCGGCGCCGGUGGAGCGCAGUGCAGGUAACCUAUUAGUGCCCAAAACUGUGUGGUGCGAUGGGUUUUGGAAUGGUUGUGGGGAGCUAUGUCCCUCUGACGCGCCACAAUUCGAGACUCGUAGACCUUGCACGAUCAAUGGCCAGACGGCGUACGAGUAUUGGUGCUGCUAUAGCUCAUGAGGCUCUUUGAUAGGCGGUUGAGAACACCGACGGGUCUAUCUUUAGUUGUAUUGUUUCAUUCUUAUUUUUCUACUUCUGCCAAAUCUACGACUUCAGCUGUCUUGUUUUGCGGAGAUGACUUACUUGCAGCGAC